AAGCCUUUAAAAGCAUGUGUCACCUCGACUCGAUUCUCCGAAUAUUACUCGUGCUGUAGCGGGAUAUAUCCACACUCACGCGGCGCUGUGGUCACAACGAGAGACUUCACACAAAGUCAACAACAAGUCCCAGACGAGACGAGAGGCUGCGCUUUUACGCACGGGAGAAAUACUUGAACAUUUUUGGCUUUCGGAAUAGAGACAUUUUCCGAAGCAGUCGGGCACUCGUCCCACGCGGUUUUCUGUCUCCGGUGCCUCCUUGUGCUUUGAUUCGACUUUUCUCAACACCGCGUAAAGUCAGCUGUGAGAUGACCCUGUCUGGAGGCAGUGAACGAGCCAGCGACAUGUCCGGCCAGACCGUGCUCACAGCCGACGAUGUGGACAUCGAUGUGGUGGGCGAAGGGGACGACGAGAUGCUCUUGGAGCGCGUGGACAGUGAGUGCGACAGUCCCGUGGGCAGAGGACCCGAGGAUGAGGAUGAUGAGGAUGAAAUCGAAGUGGACAAGGACGACAUGAGGUCUGGAGGAGUCAGUCCAUGCUGCGAGAGCUCAGGAGAAGGGGAUGUGAGCGGGAAAACAGAGGACCACAACUCGGGCUCAAUCCAGAAACCCAAAAGUAGCCUGGUGAAGCCUCCGUACUCCUACAUAGCCCUCAUCACCAUGGCCAUCCUGCAGAGCCCGCAGAAGAAGCUCACGCUUAGCGGCAUCUGUGAGUUCAUCAGUAACCGCUUUCCUUAUUACAGAGAGAAGUUCCCCGCGUGGCAGAACUCCAUCCGCCACAACCUGUCCCUCAACGACUGCUUCGUCAAAAUCCCCCGGGAGCCUGGCAACCCGGGCAAGGGCAACUACUGGACCCUGGACCCGGCCUCCGAGGACAUGUUCGACAAUGGCAGUUUCUUGAGGAGGAGGAAGCGCUUCAAGAGAGUUCAGCCCGACAUGCUCCGGGAUCAGACUGCACUAAUGAUGCAGAGUUUUGGCGCCUAUAGUUUGGGAGGCCCAUACGGCAGGCACUACGGCAUCCAUCCGGCUACAUACCCGCACCCAGCUGCCCUGCAGUACCCCUACAUCCCUCCUGUAGGGCCCAUGCUUCCUCCAGGUGUGCCACUUUUGCCCUCAUCAGAGCUGAACAGAAAAGCCUUUGGUCCCAGCCUUCAGCUCGCUCAGCAGCUCAACAGUCUCAGCACCGCGUCUAUGAUCAAGUCCGAGCCGUCCGCCAGACCGUCCUUCAGUAUAGAAAAUAUUAUCGGGGUCUCCAGCUCUUCCUCCACGGCGGCGGCGCAGGCUUUUCUACGGCCUCCGGUGACGGUGCAGUCGGCCCUGUUGAGCGCACAGUCACUGUCUUUGACUCGGACCUCAGCGGCCAUCGCGCCCAUCCUCAGCGUCCCGUCAAAUAUAAUCUCUGGACACGUUCUGCCGUCUGCCACGGCCGCUGCAGUGUCCAAAUGGCCUUCACAAUGACUUAAAACCAGCCUAAAAUAAACUCUUAUUUUUAUAUAAAACAUUAUUAUAUUAUAAAGGAGGAAGGGUGAACAAAUGCACAAACCACUAGGCAGCACUGGACUCUGUAGCCAUAUAGGCUAAAGACUGUUGAAACAGAGACUUAAGGACAUAUUUCUGUACAGGUAAUAUUUGUAAAUAUUUGUAAAGUGAUCAAAGAGAAUCGUUUGGCUUUGUCUUUUCUGUUCUGUUUAUGUGAACGUUGGUUUUUGUAUCGGGAGCUUCACUUUCAUACAAGAAAUACC